AUGCUUAAGAGGCAAUAUCAGUACAGAGAAACUUCAACGUCACCACGCCAACCUGCAGGUAACCUCCCAUUUGAUAACAGCCAUGAAUCUGACGAUUCAGAUACCGGAAUUGAAUCUAAUUGCCCAGCAAUAAUCAACGACGUUAUGGAACUGCAAUUGGGACCAUUACCCCGAAAAGAGUCCAGAUGGCUCGUAAAUGACAUGGAUGUCUCUGAAAAGUGGCAUCUCUUCAAGGAAGAGUCAUUGAAAUUAGCAAAGAGGGAAGGUCUUUUCGUGGAAAGCCACACCCAGCAGAUAUUAUCCUUAUCGCACAUUCUAUUAUUAAAGUCUAAACAACAUUGCCCUACGGAAUUUGAUGGGGAAACAUUAGUGAAACUUGUCUGGAUUGUUAAGCGCCUACAACGAAAAGAAAUCACGAGAGAUGAUGCUGUUUCAGAACUGCAAAUUCUGGCAGUUGGCCGUUCUUAUGGAGAACGUGCAAUUUUGAAGGCCAUAAGAAACAUUAUUGAAAGCGUUCCAAGAGUAACAUUAAAAAGCCCUGUCGGUGAGGUGGAAUUAUGUACUAGUUAUAUCGAUACAAUUCUCUGCCCAAUAUUUUCGGAUCCUUAUAGUGGUGUACUUUUGAGAUGGUCGAAUAAACAGGUAGAAGAGUCAAAAGCCAGAAAGUAUGCGGGUAGAGCCAAACAACCAGAUGCCAUCAUUAAUGAGAUAAAUCAGUUAUCUUGGGGUCCAAGUAAAGGACAUGGUGAAGCAAAAGUUCAAGAGGAGGAGAAUAAUCUUUACCUCCUUUGCACUGAUCUCAUCCGGGUAGCUGUGUUUAACAAAGAUGCGGUCGACUUUUAUAACAUGAAUUGUAUGCUCGGAUUUCAGGUUGGAGGGCAACAUAUCACAUUCUAUCUCACCACGCUUUUGUGUGACGCGUUAUAUGUUAUGGUGGAAGUUGGCCAUAUUGAUGUGCCUAUAUCACUUGAACAGGUUCCUGCCUUCCUCACUAGCCUUGAUACACUUCUCAUCAUAUCUGAUGCGUUUUGGCUAAUUGUAUUGUGUCUACUGAAAAGAAAGAACCAAGCAGGCGCAGUACUCUUGCAACACCAAGCUUUAGAGAAAUGGUUUCAAAGAGUCGGGAUCGACAUCGACCUUGUCAAUUACGGUUUUAAUUAUUAUUUAUAA